GUCCGAGAGCCGCUUCCGGCCCUCAGCGGAAGCGUGGGGCGCCAGAGGACGACUCUUGGUAAAGAAUCGGCUCUCCGCUGGGCGCCCAACCGGAAUCAUGUCGAGUUUGGCGGUGAGAGACCCGGCGAUGGAUCGGUCCCUGCGUUCCGUGUUUGUGGGGAACAUUCCGUAUGAGGCCACCGAGGAGCAGCUGAAGGACAUUUUCUCGGAGGUCGGUUCUGUGGUCAGUUUCCGGCUGGUGUACGACCGGGAGACGGGCAAGCCCAAGGGCUAUGGCUUCUGUGAGUACCAGGACCAGGAGACGGCGCUGAGCGCCAUGCGCAACCUCAAUGGGCGCGAGUUCAGCGGCCGGGCGCUGCGGGUGGACAACGCGGCCAGCGAGAAGAACAAGGAGGAGCUCAAGAGCCUGGGGCCCGCGGCGCCUAUCAUCGACUCGCCCUACGGUGACCCCAUCGACCCGGAAGACGCCCCCGAGUCCAUCACCAGGGCGGUCGCCAGCCUGCCCCCCGAGCAGAUGUUCGAGCUCAUGAAGCAGAUGAAGCUGUGCGUGCAGAACAGCCACCAGGAAGCGCGGAACAUGCUGCUGCAGAACCCCCAGCUGGCCUAUGCGCUGCUGCAGGCCCAGGUGGUGAUGAGAAUCAUGGAUCCGGAGAUCGCUCUGAAAAUCCUGCACCGCAAGAUCCAUGUCACCCCGCUCAUCCCGGGCAAAUCUCAGCCCGUGUCCGGGCCCGGCCCUGGCCCGGGGCUGUGCCCGGGACCCAGUGUCCUGCUGAACCAGCAGAACGCGCCAGCACCUCAGCCGCAGCACAUGGCCAGACGGCCCGUGAAGGACAUUCCGCCUCUGAUGCAGACCCCUAUCCAGGGCGGGAUCCCGGCCCCCGGGCCACUGCCGGCCGCGGUUCCGGGACCCGGGCCUGGUUCCCUGACUCCCGGUGGAGGAAUGCAGCCCCAGGUGGGGAUGCCAGGCGUUGGUCCAGUGCCUUUAGAGCGGGGACAGGUGCAGAUGUCGGAUCCCCGAGCGCCUCUACCUCGCGGACCCAUGACUGCCGGUGGCCUGCCUCCUCGAGGGCUGUUAGGAGAUGCGCCAAACGACCCCCGUGGAGGGACUUUGCUUUCAGUCACGGGGGAGGUAGAGCCUAGAGGCUAUCUUGGCCCGCCUCAUCAGGGUCCCCCCAUGCACCAUGCGUCCGGUCACGACGGCCGUGGCCCUUCCUCCCAUGAGAUGAGGGGAGGGCCAUUAGCAGAUCCCAGACUGCUAAUUGGAGAGCCCCGGGGACCCAUGAUAGAUCAGAGGGGUCUCCCGAUGGAUGGUAGAGGCAGUAGAGAUUCUCGAGGGAUGGAGCCUCGAGCCAUGGAGACUGAGGUCUUAGAGACGCGAGUAAUGGAAAGAAGAGGAAUGGAGACCUGUGCAAUGGAGACCAGAGGGAUGGAAGCGCGAGGCAUGGAUGGAAGAGGAAUGGAGAUAAGGGGCCCUGGCCCCAGUUCCAGAGGCCCAAUGACUGGUGGAAUCCAGGGUCCAGGGCCCAUUAACGUGGGGGCAGGCGGUCCUCAGGGACCCAGGCAGGUGGCAGGCAUUUCAGGGGUGGGUAAUCCUGGAGCGGGCAUGCAGGGGGCGAGCAUACAAGGAACAGGUAUGCAGGGGGCGGGCAUGCAAGGAACAGGUAUGCAGGGGGCGGGCAUGCAAGGAACGGGCAUGCAGGGGGCGGGCAUGCAAGGAGUGGGCAUGCAGGGGGCGGGUAAGCAAGGGGGCGGCCAGCCUAGCAGUUUUAGCCCCGGGCAGAGCCAGGUGACGCCGCAGGAUCAAGAGAAGGCGGCUCUGAUCAUGCAGGUCCUGCAGCUGACUGCCGACCAGAUAGCCAUGCUGCCCCCUGAGCAAAGGCAGAGCAUCCUCAUUUUAAAGGAACAAAUUCAGAAAUCUACUGGAGCUUCUUGAAAGGCUAUAGGAAGUGUCGGAAGCGUUUGGCAGUAGCCUCCAGUUUCUUCUGUAGUCUGGGGAAGGGGUGCCGAACGCCCACCUCUGCAUCCCACACUUGAAUGAGGGGUUCCCUCCCAGAACGUUAGUUCCCCUUGUUGUCUUUGUAUUUUUUUCUGUUUUCCUUUUUACUUUAAUGGGGGGGAGGAAAGAGUGGGUCUGUUCACUUUUAUUCACUGUAAAUAUACAGAAGUAACUGAACGUGGUUAUGUUAUACCAAAUAAGAUUACAAAGGAUAUGCAGCAACACGAAAAGAGUCUACGAUACGUUAACUACAUUUUUUAAAUAUUGAGUAAAACAAUGUGAAAACUGCACAUGAUACUAAAAUGUGACCUGUUAAGAUGGUGAUGUACUAAGAUAGUUUAAGAUUCUUGGUUGUGUAAGAAAAUAAAGACGUUUACCUCAA